AUGGCAAGGUUAAUAGUAUAUAUUGCUUUUAUCAUUUAUUGCCAAGCUGCCAACCAAAACCAAGCUAGAAAUGCAGCAGCACCUGCGCAAGCAGCAGAUGCAGGAGCAGCAGCUAAUGCAGGAGCAGCAGCUGCGGGACAAGCAGCUGCGGGAGUUGGAGGAGUAG